CUGCGAGUUUAAGCUGCGCUACCUCAGGCUCAUUAGCAGCAAGAACAUUUCAACGGACUGUCAGUGAAUUCCUUACCAACGAACACUAUGAAUCAAGAGAAGCUCGCCAAACUUCAGGCACAAGUCCGGAUAGGUGGAAAGGGAACAGCCCGCAGGAAGAAAAAGGUUGUUCACAAAACGGCAACAGCUGACGACAAAAAACUCCAGGGCUCGCUGAAGAAACUGGCAGUGAACAACAUCGCAGGGAUAGAAGAGGUGAAUAUGAUAAAGGAUGAUGGGACGGUGAUCCACUUUAACAACCCCAAAGUGCAGGCGUCUCUGUCUGCCAACACCUUCGCCAUCACAGGCCACGCUGAGACCAAGCAGCUGACGGAGAUGCUGCCAGGCAUCCUGAGCCAGCUGGGAGCCGACAGCCUCAGCAGCCUGCGCAAGCUGGCCGAGCAGUUCCCACGGCAAUCAAUGGACAUGAAAGCAGUGAAGGAGGAAAAUGCAGAGGAGGAGGAUGACGAUGUACCAGAUCUCGUGGAGAACUUUGAUGAAGCCUCAAAGAACGAAGCAAACUGAUGAAUCCCUCUCUUUCCUCCGUCAACCGUUGUAUUUUUUACCUCCUUAUGGACUCACAAAGGUCCAUUUCCUCUUGUGAGGAAACGGUUGUUAAAGGUGCAAUGCAUCAUCUCCGGAGACGUGAACCACUUUGGUUCAGCCUGCCACUACAGCACGACGACGACAACAACAACAACAACAGCAACAACAUGCAGAUACAGUAGGUUUCGAUUUCAGUAGGCGGUGAUGUUGUGGACACGCCGAGAAACAAGGGAUCUGCACGACUCUCAGCACCCAAAGGACUCAAACUACUUUAGAAAUAAGAUUUCUACAUGGUUAAACAUGGCUAGUAUUUAAGAGAUUGUUUAUUAAAUUACAAUUAAAUGAAUGAAUAAUUCAUUUUACAUAUAGUGGUGAUAAUGAAUUUAAUAAAACAUUUUUGGUCUAUUGAUGUUUCUCUUUAUUAUUUGAGUUUUCGAUUUGUUUCGGUUGCUGGAAGGAAACCAUAGGGGAAUCCAAAUGAGCUAAAAAGCAGCAGCAUUGUGUUUUGCUGCUUUGAUGAGCAGUUCUGAACUAGUGGUUGAGGCCUUUGCAUGUGAAGUAUUUAUUGAUGCUCAUU